CUGAGCCCCUCCCCGGGGCCAGGCCCCGCCAGCCGUAAACAGAACAGGUCCACGUGCAGCCGAGCCCCUGCGGCGAUGCCCCCAUCCUACCGCCCCUGGCGACCCUCGGCUUUUCGGGCCCGGUUUGCACUCUUCCGCCCCGUCCCCUCCCCUUCUUUGGUGUUUUAUUAGGGCUGUUAACACUCAGAUGAUUAAAAAAAAAAAAGCCAAAGAAAUCCCUUGGAGAGGGUAGCUGUUCACCCGUUAGCUGCCAACCUGUGUGCCCUGCCGUGGCAAUCCCUUCUAAGUUCUGAAAGUUUCUCCAGGAGACCUGCUCUCUGUAGUCAGAGCUGCAUCCCAUUUAAGAAAAUAGCAGAAGUUGUGAUUCAACCUGUUUGUUUCCAGGAAUGCUGGGUGGGUGGGGGGUGGAGGGGCAGUUCUUUAGUGCCACCUCGUACUGACACGUGAAUUAAUAGAUACUAGCCAUCUACAUACCAGGAAGAUGCCAGUGUAUCAUUGCUGCACAAGGGGCGUUUAGGGAUGGAGUGGCCUGCCCUGACACUUCUGAGGUUAGAGGCGUGGGCCACAGGUUGCAAGUGACUUCGGAAGUUGUGCCCUUGAGUUUACUGGCUCUGGAAGUUAUAGACUCGUGUGUGUGUGUGUGUGUGUGUGUGUGUGUGUGUGUGUAUCAGGAAGUUCUAUACAGCGCCUCUAAGGAAGUCACAUGCACCAUUCCUGCGUGUUUAUAUGCAAGUGAGCGCCGUGUGUUUGGGUUAGUUUAGGGGACGGAGGGGUGUGAGACCAAGAGGUGGUUUCCCCAGAUUCCCUGCACUGGCUGUCACCGCGAGUGUCACAGGAAAAAAAAAAGGUCGACCAUGGUGGCCGGGACCCGCUGUCUUCUAGCGUUGCUGCUUCCCCAGGUCCUCCUGGGCGGCGCGGCCGACCUCAUUCCCGAGCUGGGCCGGAGGAAGUUCGCGGCGUCUACUGGCCUCUCCUCUUCCCAGCCCUCGGACGACGUCCUCAGCGAGUUUGAGUUGCGGCUGCUCAGCAUGUUCGGCCUGAAGCAGAGACCCACCCCGAGCAGGGACGCCGUGGUGCCCCCCUACAUGCUGGACCUGUACCGCCGACAUUCGGGUCAGCCAGGCGCGCCUGCCCCGGACCACCGGCUGGAGAGGGCAGCCAGCUUGGCCAACACCGUGCGCAGCUUCCACCACGAAGAAUCUUUGGAAGAACUGCCAGAAAUGAGUGGAAAAACAACCCGGCGCUUCUUCUUUAAUUUAACUUCUGUCCCCACCGAGGAGUUUAUCACCUCAGCAGAACUUCAGGUCUUUCGGGAGCAGACACAGGAGACUUUGGAUAACAGUAGCAGUUUCCAUCACCGAAUUAAUAUUUAUGAAAUCAUCAAACCUGCAACAGCCAACUCCAAGUUCCCCGUGACCAGACUUUUGGACACCAGGUUGGUGACUCCGAAUGCCAGCAGGUGGGAGAGCUUCGACGUCACCCCCGCUGUGAUGCGGUGGACUGCACAGGGGGUCGCCAACCACGGGUUCGUGGUGGAAGUGGCCCACCCGGAGGACAGCCCGGAGGUCUCCAAGAGGCAUGUGCGGAUUAGCAGGUCUUUGCACCAAGAUGAGCACAGCUGGUUACAAAUAAGACCCUUGCUAGUCACUUUCGGCCACGAUGGGAAAGGACACCCUCUGCACAAAAGGGAAAAGCGUCAAGCAAAACACAAACAGCGCAAGCGCCUGAAAUCCAGCUGCAAGAGACACCCUUUGUACGUGGACUUCAGUGAUGUGGGCUGGAAUGACUGGAUCGUAGCCCCCCCGGGGUAUCAUGCCUUUUACUGCCACGGGGAGUGCCCUUUCCCCCUGGCUGAUCACCUGAACUCCACGAAUCACGCCAUCGUCCAGACGUUGGUCAACUCCGUUAACUCUAAGAUCCCAAAGGCGUGCUGUGUCCCAACAGAACUCAGUGCCAUCUCCAUGCUGUACCUUGACGAGAACGAAAAGGUGGUAUUAAAGAACUACCAGGACAUGGUUGUGGAGGGUUGUGGGUGUCGUUAGCACAGCAAAAUAAAAAUAAAUAUAUAUAUAUAUAUUUUAGAAAAAACAAAAAAAAAAAUCAAGUUGACACUUUAAUAUUUCCCAAUGAAGACUUUAUUUAUGGAAUGGAAUGGAGAAAAAAAACACAGCUAUUUUGAAAAUAUAUUUAUAUCUACGAAAAGAAGUUGGGAAAACAAAUAUUUUAAUCAGAGAAUUAUUCCUUAAAGAUUUUAAAAUGUAUUUCGUUGUACAUUUUAUAUGGGUUCAACCCCAGCACAUGAAGUAUAAUGGUCAGAUUUAUUUUGUAUUUAUUUACUAUUAUAACCACUUUUUAGGAGAAAUAGCUAAUUUGUAUUUAUAUGUAAUCGAAAGAAGUAUUGGGUUUGUACAUAAUUUUCCAAAAAUUGUAGUUGUUUUUCGUUGUGUGUAUUUAAGAUGAAAAGUCUACAUGGAAGGUUACUCUGGCAAAGUGCUUAGCACAUUUGCUUUUUUUUUUUUUUUUUUUUUUUUUUUUUUUUUUUUUUUUUUUUUUUGCAGUGCUACUGUUAAGGUCACAAGUUCAAGUCCAGAAAAAAAAAGUGGAUAAUCCACUCUGCUGACUUUCAAGAUUAUUAUAUUAUUCAAUUCUCAGGAAUGUUGCAGAGUGGUUACCCAGUCCAUGAGAACCUAUGUCCUUAUUAGGUGGAAUAUUUGGAUAAGAACCAGACAUCGCUGAUCUAAUAUACAAUCCUUCCCCCACCCCCCAAUUUGCAGAAAAUAAAAAGCAGGACCAAUUGAAAUAAUUAGGAAAAUGAUGAAUCUUCAGGAAAGGGAAUGAUGGUUUGUUGUUCUUCUUUCCUAAACUAGUGACCCCUUCAAAGGGGCUGGUCUGGCCAAAGUGUUAAAUAAAACAUAAGAUUUCUUCAUUAUUCAGAUUGUGGUCAUGUAUAUUUAAAAUUGAUAUCUAGUUGCCCUCAUGAAGAGUUGGAAAUUGAUUUGUGUUUUAACUUUUACCUCACCUGGCAGCCUAAAGCUCAGAAGGACUCCAUUUUCUAACUUUGCCCCCAACACAGCAAAAGCAUGCCCGUCGUGCUUUCUCUCCACCCCGAUCUCUGUUCCAUCAGCUUGCUUUUCUUUCCAAGGUUAUAUAUUUGAACACUUUUCUCCAAAUGUUAAACCUAUUUAGGAUAAUAAAUAUCAAAGCUCUGGUACUUCAUUCUAUAGAGUCCAUCCUGUAAGAGAAAAUGGAACAUUUGUACAGCAUUCACAAAGAUCACCUUGUGUCUGCAAUUUUGUUUCUGAGGCUACUCAUUGUGGAAGGAGGUAGGGAAAAGGCAGGGAAUGGCUGGAGAUUUGCAAGCAAGUCAUUGGAUAAUUCCUAGGAAUUGUCAGUGAUUUAGUAUUUCACACAAACCUCUUUGAGGCAGAAAGAUUUAAAAGAGAACCGAAGCUACAAAACAAGCAAAACCUGGGGAACCCAAGAUAAAGUUUCAGAGAUGAUAUCCCAUGCAACAGAGGCAAUGGAGCCAAAAAAUUAGAAAGGGAAAGUGUCUGAGAUCAGCUUCUACAAGGCCAUCUGCCAAUUGGACUAAAGCCCAAGCAGAGUGAAGUCAAAUUAGGCCUUCGGAAUGAACGCUCACCAGUGGCAGGGCUCCUGUGCUCUGGGUUGAAGUCAGACACUAGGAAGGGUUCUGUGGGUUUGUUGCUGUGGCUGGGGGGGGGGAGGGCCCACAACACCCCAUGAUGUUACCAGAAGUAUUUUAAGGUCAGUUUCUAGGACUGAGUGUCACCUCUGACCCUGCUGUGACUGGAGAGGCCUGAUUUUCUUUCCUAGCCCUGCCUAGGAAUUGGCUGAAAAAAAAAAAAA